UUCUGCAAAAGACCCGCUGACGCACAGCUGUUUCAGGAGGGGCAUUUAACUUUCAUCAUUAGUCAUUCCUAUCAAAGACAUCGGGAGAAGAACUUCUGCAAGUCGGUAUAGCUGGACGUCUUCUUCCUGACAUCGGUCCAACCACCAGAAAUAUCUAUCAUGGUGUAGAAUAUUUAAGGUUUGACCAGGUUAAGUCAAUGCAACGUCAGGAUUGAUAUAAUCGCUUAGUUUAGAGUUGACCUUUUCUCCUAUCAUGUGUGCGGUGCGUCUUUGUUUUUCAUGGUCUUGCAGAGCGCUCUGCCCGGUUUUUAUUAUCCUGGCGGCUGCGCCUUGUCUCCUGCGUUGCUCUGAAAGACCUGCAUUAGUUGUUGGAAAAAUGUAUCCUAGGGGCAAUCACUGGGCUGUAGGUCAUUUAAUGGGAAAGAAGAGCAUUGAGAGCCUGCCUGAACAGCAGCAGGUAAACCUUGACUACCUCACGUUUUUACAAUCGGACAAGAUCUUUGAUAAGGACCCAACUGUGGAGGAUCUGUCAUCAAAGAUUAAAAGACAAACAAUACUGCGAAAGCUUUUCCACAACAACAAGGAAGAAGACAACAGAGGAAAACAUCCCCGAGAGAUGUUAGAUCUCCUUCUGGCUUUGAAACUGAAAGAGAAUGAAUCUUCCUGAUGGCAAGACAAACUUGAAGACUGAAGUCUACUUAACCUGCUCUGUGAUCAUAUAUUUAUAAUGUAUAAACUCUGUGCUGUAGAAAGACACCAGAGACACAACAACAUAAUUCAGUGAUUUAACAUUUUUACUUGCACAAAAUGAAAUGUUUCGACUACUGACUGACUGAAAAGGUGGAGUUGCAGAAACUGAGAAUCUGAAAUAAAUAAAACUGCAUUGUGGAUGUCA